AUGCUCAAGACCGCUGCCAGUGGCCUGCGCCACGCGUCGACCCGCAGCACGACCGCGAGCGGCUCGAUAGUCUAUGAGUCGGAGCGCGCUGCCAUGGAGUACCUCCAGUUCCACUAUGGCCAGCCCGACGAGGUCGCCCCGUACCCGUUCGCUCCCAAGGACGCGCUGGCCUUCCUCCAUCGCACCGUGGCUGAUACAAUUCCGCUCACGCGCCCCGAGAUGCGCCACCGCGCGCUUGAAGUCGGCUGCUCUGUCGGACGGUCCUCGUUCGAGCUCAGCCGCACGUUUGACGAGGUCAUUGGAAUUGACUUUUCGCACCACUUUAUCGACGUGGCCAACCAGAUGAAGGCGCACGGGUCGGCGACGUACGAGGCGCACAUCCAAGGCGACAUCACGGCGACGCGCACCGCUGCCGUGCCCGCGGGCAUCGACCGGACCAAAGUCCACUUUGAGCAAGGCGACGCGUGCGACCUCGGCGCGCACCUCGGCACCUUUGACUGCGUCUUUGCGUCCAAUUUGCUCUGCCGUGUGCCUCGCCCGCGUCUCUUCCUCGACCGCCUCCCGUCUCUCAUCAAGAAGGACGGCAUCCUCGCGCUCGUGAGCCCAUACUCGUGGCUCGAAGAGUACACACCCAAGGAACACUGGAUCGGUGCGACGCCAGAGGCAGGCGACUCGUUCGCCGAGCUCGAGCGCAUCCUCAGCACGUCGUUUGAGCUCGUGGAGCGCACGCAAUACCCGUUCUUGAUCCGCGAGCACGACCGCAAGUUUCAGUGGGGUGUCUCGGACGGUACCUUUUGGCGCCGCAAGUAAUAGUGUAGUCCGUAAUCAAUGAUGCUCGA